CGACAGCCGACGUCAAACGGCAGCGUCGCGUCCCUUCGCUUCUCUCUACUCAAAGAACCUGCGCGAGCUCCAUACCACUCUUGCCUCUAUCCGCAGCACUCAUUCGAACACAAAACAACACCAGACAGCCACGGAGGAAGAAAGGCGCACUCCAGAGAUGACCGAGCGAAGGCAGGAGCACUCGCCGCCGUCCAAGAUCCCCCGCCUCUCCGGCGCCGACGACGAUGACGGCGCAGGGACGGUGACCAUGGCGGCGCCGUCGCCGCUGGUUCUUGGGCUGGGUCUCGGCGUAGGCGGCAGCAGCAGUGACAGCGGACGCGGCGACGCGGAGGCCUCUGCGGCGACGCGGCCGUCGGCGCUGACGUUCAUGCAGCGGCAGGAGCUGGAGCACCAGGUGCUCAUCUACCGCUACUUCGCCGCCAACGCUCCCGUGCCCGUGCACCUCGUGCUCCCCAUCUGGAAGAGCGUCGCCGCUUCCUCCUCCGCCCCGCAGAGGUUUCCAUCCCUGGCGGGGCUGGGGAGCAUGUGCUACGACCACAGGAGCAGCAUGGAGCCGGAGCCGGACCGGUGCCGGCGCACGGACGGCAAGAAGUGGCGGUGCUCGCGCGGCGUGGUGCCGGGGCACAAGUACUGCGAGCGCCACGUCCACCGCGGCCGCAGCCGUGCAAGAAAGCCUGUGGAAGCCGCGGCGGCCACAUCAGCCGUCCCGAUCCGCGCGAUGCACGCCGCCGACGCGCAGGGCGCCACCAGUGCGCACGCGGCGCCACCGCAGCGCCUCGGCUUCUCCUCCCCCGCCGGCGUCUACCUGGCGCACGGCACCGCCCGUGCCACCUGACCUGACGCCGGCAUUUUCUUCAGUUAGCUACAGAUGUUUUGCUUUGCUUGUUUGUACUAAUCUGUAGCGGGAAAUCUCCGAGGAUUAUGCUGUACUGGUACUGGUAAUUUUUUAGUUUCGCCUUGACCACGCCUCGGUGUUGCCGACUCGUCAAAGUUGGAUGGCAUGCGUAGGGGGGGGUUCGUGCUGCCCUGUUUACUCUGUCUGUGCAGUGACACACUGACAUGUCUGAUGCCGCAGGCGAGUUGUUUUUCAUUUGUUGAGGUGGGAGACGCGCCUGGGUGCGGGGGUAUGGGCGGGGCCCCGGCUAGUGUUUUCUGGGGCUGAGGGCCAUGCUGAACGACCGGUCAGAUGCUGGGGCGCAGACGCUGGGCCCUCGACCCGUCCGUGGUGCAGAGUGGCCCGGCAGAAGACCAGCUCGCCGCAGCGACAAAUACUCGAAAGAAACUGGAGCAUCCUGAUGCUAGUCAAAAAUGGUUAAGUUUCCUAGCUAAAGAUAUCUGUUGUUAUUUGAUGGAUCAUAUCAUUAGGAAAAUGAUGUGAUGAAUAAGAUUUAUCCUUUAGCUUAGCAUGUCAAUCGUUACGUUUUACUGCUAUUGUUGUCUUCAUGUGAAAUACAUAUUCCUUCAACUA